AUGGGCUUAGGGAAAGUGGGACUCUCAUCCUCUAUAUUAUUUUUAUUUCUGAUUUUGCAGAUUUUCCUUUCUGAGUACCAGAUGAUGAAGACACCUUGCCACAUAGAAAGAAUUUACAACCCCACAUAUAGAAAAGAAGGAGACCUAAUCAUUGCCGGAUUCUUCUCGCUUUUUGUGAAGGUACAGAUUUUAUGGGAGAUAAUUUCUUCAAAGAGUCUCCCUUCUGGACUUUUGCAGAACCAAAGUGAGUCAAUGUUCAAACAAUAUCACCAUUUCCUUGCUCUCCAAUAUGCUGUGGAUGAGAUCAAUAAGAACCCCGAUUUGCUGCCCAACAUAACUUUGGGAUACCAGUUACUCAAUAACUUCCAUCUGGAGAAACUAGCUGUGGAGAGCGCCUUAAUAUGGCUAUCAGGGAGAGGUCCAGUUAUCCCCAACUAUAGAUGUGAUAGACAAUCCAAUAAUGUGGCUGUCAUUGGAGGGAUGUCUACUAUGCUGUCCAUGGCCAUGGCCACCAUUCUUGAACUGUAUAAAGUUCCCCAGAUUAGCUAUGGCCCAUUUGAUCCUCUCCUGAAUGAUAAGGUUCAGUAUCCAUAUGUCUAUCAGCUGGGCAGCAAGGAAGCUACUCUUCACCUGGCAUUCAUCCAAUUGAUGCUGCAUUUUGAGUGGACUUGGGUGGGACUGCUCCUUUCGGCUAACACAAAAGGGGAAACGUUCUUCAUUGAUCUGAAAGAAGAGAUGGCCAAGAAUGGGCUCUGUGUGGCUAUUAAGGAAAGAGUGCCUCAAAAUAUUAGAGUAAAAGAAAGUUUUUAUCUUGUUUCUAGUGUCAUUGCAUCAUCAUCAAAUGUGAUUUUCAUCUAUGGAGAUUCUGAUUCCCUUCAAGAACUUUCUAUUGUAUUGAACACGUAUAUACCUUAUGGAAAGUUGUUGGUUACCACAUCUUCUUGGGAUUUUUCUAUCGAUAUUAAUUUUGAACGGUUUCCCAUUUUUCAUGGUACAAUACUAUUUUCUCAUGCCCAGAAGGAAAUUCCAGGUUUCACAGCUUUUGUAAGAAAUAUGAAUCCAGUCGUGAAUCCUGAGGACAUUUUCCUAAAAGCCUUCUGGGAAGCUGUCUUCAAUUGUAGAUUUUCAGAUAAAAAAGAUGGACAGAUGUUCUAUCCUUUGUGUCCAGGAGAUUUUUCCUUUAGAGAUAUUUCCUUUAUGAAAAUUGACAUGGUCCUUAUGGAACUGAUUCCUAAUGUUUACAAUGCAGUGUAUUUAGUUGCCCAUGCUCUCCAUCAAAUGCUCCAUUCUGAGGCAAAAGAGGCAUCAGACCUGGCAAGAAACUCAAAUUUUUUUUGGAAGCUCCACCACUUUCUGAAAUAUAUCAAUUGUGCCACUAAUUCCAAUGAUGAGUCAUGUUGGAACGGAACCAAGCCAUUUGCUGAGGCGUAUGAUAUCCUAAAUUAUAAAUCGUUCCCUGAUCAGGUAGAGACGCUGGUCAAAGUGGGUGAAGUGUAUCCUCUUGCUCAGAGAUUCACCAUUAAGGAACAAGACAUAGAUUGGCCAGAAGAUUUCCCUCAGACUCCAACUUGAUUGCAGUGUGAAUAUGGCCCUGGAUUCAAAAACAUUCUUCAAAAACCAACCAUCUGCUGUUUGGUGCUUUCUUCGUGUCCUGAAGAGAAGAUUUCCAACCAGACUGAUGCAGAGGAGUGCCUGCAGUGCCCUGAAGAUCAAUAUCCUAAUAAGGGGAGAGAUCACUGCCUUCCCAAGACUAGGACGUUCCUGACCUAUGAGGAACCUCUGGGAAUGACUCUGGCCUGUGCAGCCAUCUGCUUCUCCCUUCUCACAGUGCUGGUCCUGGGGAUCUUUCUGAAGCACAGGGACACCCCCAUAGUCAAAGCCAAUAACCGCAGUCUCAGCUACACUCUGCUGGUCUCCCUCAGCCUCUGCUUCCUCUGCUCCUUGCUCUUCAUUGGCCAUCCUACCACAGCCACCUGCCUGUUGCGCCAAACCACAUUUGCAGUUGUCUUCACAGUGGCCAUUUCCUCCAUUUUGGCGAAAACCAUCACUGUGGUUCUGGCCUUCAGGGCCACCAAACCAGGGAGCAGGCUCCGCAGGUGGCUGGGAUCCACAGCAUCUUACUCUCUCAUUUUCACCUGCACCCUCAUCCAAAUGUGUCUCUGUGGCAUCUGGCUUGGGACAUCCCCCCCCUUCCUGGAGAUGGACAUGCACUCUGAGGCUGCCUCCAUUAUCAUCCAGUGCAAUGAGGGCUCCCUCCUCAUCUUCUACUGUGUCCUGGGCUACAUGGCCUUGCUGGCCUUGGCGAGCUUCACCGUGGCUUUCCUGGCCAGGAACCUGCCAGACACUUUCAAUGAAGCCAAGUUCCUGACCUUCAGCAUGUUUGUGUUCUGCAGCGUCUGGGUCUCCUUCCUGCCCUCGUACCAGAGCUCCAAGGGCAAGGCCAUUGUGGCCUUGGAAGUCUUUGCCAUCUUGACCUCCAGUGCUGGGAUUCUCACUUGCAUCUUUGCUCCCAAGUGCUUUGUGAUCCUUCUAAGAGCUGAACAAAAUAUUCUGGGGACAUUCAAAAAGAAAGCUUCUCCCCGAGAAGUCGGGUCUUCUCAAGCUCACCAAUCACAAUCAAGGAACUCUUUUGAUCCAAUAAUCAUAAUAAAAUAUUAA